AUGGUACCAGAAAGAUCAACAAAAAAAAUAAAAUCAAAACCAGCUGCAAUCUUUAAAAAAAGCUGGGUUUAUUUAUCAGUUAUAGGAUUAAAUCCUAUUAAUUUUAAUAUCAACAACAGCAGUAUCAAAAAUGGCAAUGAAGCAGACAAUGCACCCAACCAAAUUAGAAUUGAAACCCCAAUCAACACAGAAAAUAAUAAUAGUAAUAUCAGAAGUACCUGUAAUCCUUCUCCUCUACCUGUAAAAAGAGUAUACUCUUUUUCUGAACAGGAACAAGGUGCAGUGGUGGAAACUUUCUUGACCAUUACAGAAAAGGCCAUUUAUAAUUUCCUUGUAAGAAAUGAAAAUAAGAUUCCUAAAACAAUUGUUGAAAAAUUUGCUGCUAAACAAACACCACCGAUAAGCAAUGAUUUUUGGGAUGCAGAUCUAUU